CUGUUUGUGAAGUGACUACACAGCUAUAAUUAAAAUGGCGCACAUACAGUAGACAAAACCGUUGUAACAUGUGCUUCUGGUUCGCUUGAAUUCCUCCUACCAAAAGAAAACGGGUAAGUAUUCCCUGUGGCAAUUGACGUGGUUUGCCAUUCACACCACCGCGAACCAAGCACUAUCAAAAUUUCUGGUCGACAUUUAUCGCAUCGGCGAAAAUCUCCAUCUCAAAUGGAGACCACGAGGUCCGGCAGGGAAGCCGAUGUGGGCGCAGGGCUACGGCAUAACGACUUGCCGUCGACGAUCACGCAAGACUUACAAUCGCUAGACAGCAAUGAAAAUGCACAGAUCUCCACCGAUGCCGACAACACCGGGAGUGCGCUCGAUGUGGCUAACUACAUUGAUGAAGACUAUAUCUUGGCCCCAUCUCCCACUUCCUACUGCACUGUGGAAGUGCCUUUUGAGUAUGAAGAUAACACAGACAACCCAGUUAGAGGCAGCACAAACAACCAGGAUGGAGAUAGCACAGACAACCAGGAUGGAGGCAACACAGACAAUCUAGAUGAAGGCAGCCCAGACAAUCUGGAUGAAGGUAGUGUCAACAAACUGCGUGCAUUUGUUGAGUAUUUGGAUUCAGACUGCUCAGCAGAUUCUGAUAAUGCCAGAGAUACUGAGGAGACAUUCAGUAACAAUGAGUCUACUAAGGACACACUGCAUGAUACUUUAAAACAUCUUGGUGAAUUGAGUAUUGAUGAAUUGCCACCAGUGGAACACAAUCAUGUGGAAGUUAAGCCAGAGGAGUGUGACCUUAUUGGCAAAGUUGGCAUGUCCCUGGGAAAACUAGUUCUUGUUGAGACCAUUCCAAACAAACCAGCAUUGGACAUUGACACACUGUUAUUCUUGGACACAGGCAAACGGCCGCUCGGGCUUAUUUUUGAUGUGAUCGGACCUGUCACACAUCCUUUAUAUGCCAUCAGGUUCAAUACUGAGGAUGAGAUCAAGGCUCUUAAUUUGAAGGAAGGCAUGAGUGUGUAUUGUGCUCCAAAUACUGAGUAUACACAUUAUGUGUUUGUGCAACAACUUCUAAAGCAGAAGGGUAGCGAUGCAUCUUGGAAGAACGACAUGGAAGUGCCACAGGAACUGAUGGAUUAUUCUGACGAUGAGGCUGAGUCAGGCUUGUCUGAACUCCCAGAGAACCGUAAACGUGGCAGUCUGGAGCGGCAUCGACAAUUUGAAGAGGAUAUGAAUCUGCGCAAUGUUAUUAACACGCACAUACAUCUGUUACAAGAUCGGGGUCCACAGCAUCGCGGCUCAAGCAGAACCAGCAGCGGCGGAGUUGGCCGAGGCUCCAACACCGCCCGGGUAGGCAAUUGCACACACAGCCGUGGUUCAGGCAAGUCGGCGCGUACGCCUGGCUCCAGUUUUCCGCAUCUCACACCACCACCGCAGCCCCCGCAACCUGCUGCCUUCCACACGGCCGCUGCUGCCGCUGCCGCGGUUUCACACUGUGCCUACCAUCAACCGCCGUACAGCCUUGCCCCCUACAGUAUGCCGCCACCAUUGACGCCGUAUAUACCGAUGUUUAUGCCGAGCAUUCCGCCAAUGCAAUUCACCGGGCCACCGCCGCCGCACGUGUUCGGCGGGAUGCAGCAGACCAAAUCGGCGACGGUGGGACCUACCCCCGCGCCGAUGGUGUACCCGCCCGACAUGGGCCUGCCGCCAGUCCAACAGAAUCCACCACUAGUUCCUAACAUGCAAUACUUCAAUCCACCAUUGAUGUGGGGCAAUUUCGCUACACAGCCACCACCUCCGCCUCCUGCUCAGCAGCCGGUGAACAGCGCUACCGGUAAUGACAUGCACGCACCUAAGAAGUUCCACCGAAUGCAUCGUCAAUAAUUUCUCAUACCACACACCUCAAUCACCUUUGAGAUGAAUGUUAUAUUUAUUUGUUAUUUUUUUCUUCAUUUCCGUUUUAAUUCAACAAUUUUUGACACUUUUAUUUAACCAGUAUUAUUAAGAUAGCAGUACAAGGCCAGUUUUAAAGUUUUUCAUAAGGAUCAGAAUGAUCUUUUAUUUUAGAUUUAUAUUUUGGUUUAAAAUUUCAUUUACUUUUAAAUUAUUCUUGCAUUCGAUAGGGAAUGAUACAUAAUCCAAUACGUUUUGUGAUAGAUAUUGAAACGGGACACAUAAAAAUUAGCAAUAACACUUUAAUAUGAUUAUACACCUAGGCAUCUUUGAAAACUACAUUAAUACUACUCGUACAUAUGUAUUUUAAUGACUUGAUUGGUGGUUUUGGAUAUAUGUGGUGUACUUGUAACUUUUAACUCUAUAACUGUAAGCGUUCAUUAUCUGCAAACGUUUUGAAACGUGAGGAACGUGCAAUGUUUAGUACAAAUUGCAGCCCGUGUUCAGUCUAAAAGUCAAAGAACAGUUUAUUCAAUCCAUUCACCGAACAAAGCUCACAGAUUUUUUUAAAAUUCCGUUAAUAUGUCUUCUUACCUUUACAGACAUUGAGCAUUCCUGAUCACGGUCCGAAUGUUUCUUUGCCGAGUGUUUAUUACUCAAACUGCAAAACAUAGUCUUGAUGUUUCUCGAUUGAACGAAUGAGCGAUGGUGUAGCUGCAUAGAACUUCGAAUCGAUAUUUAAUCAGAUGUUUAUAUAGAAAGUUGAGUGAUCAGAUAGACUCUAUUCUAAUAUGUAUUUAAUCAUAAUAGGCAUACACAAAUAAUCGAAAGUUAUAAAUGUUCCUUUUUCUACAUACCUUCUAUUUAUAAAACAAACUGAAUCAACAAUGUGCGUUUGCAAUUGCAAUUCUUACUUAACCAAACGCCUAAAUAUGUGCGUACACAUAAUCGAUAUAUUUUGUUACCAAAAGUUAAUUACAAAUUUGCAAAUUCUUAUUACAA